GUACCAAUGUCAUAAUGACUGUAAUAAAUAAUGACAUCAUCGCGUCGUUCUUUUGAGUCUUUUGACCGAUACUUUGCUAUGACGAGUAUAAUUUGAAUAUCUGUAUUAUUAUCUUAAUUCGUUGUUGACUUGUUAUGUUUUGUGACUGCUACCGAUACGAUCAUACAAACCGUCAGAAGUAUAUUUUUAUUACUUUAUCAGUAUAAUACUUAACGUGUGUUCGUUACUUAAUUCGGCAAAGGCAAAUGGUUUGUUCAAGCCGGCAGUCAGCCGUUUCGUGUUGUAAACGGGCAAGCAAUUGAGUCUAGACUUAUUCAAAGAAAAAUUGAUCAGAAGACUUCAUCAUGUAUUUGUAUAAUAUGACAUUGCAACGUGGUAGUGGCAUUACGCAUGCUAUCCAUGGCAAUUUCAGUGGUGGAAAAGUACAAGAAAUUUUAGUAUCUCGUGGAAAAUCUUUAGAGCUUAUGAGACCAGAUACAAAUACUGGCAAAGUCCAUACAUUGCUAACUGUAGAGGUAUUUGGAAUUAUUCGUGCUUUGAUGAGUUUUAGGCAAUCUGGAGGCACUAAAGAUUACAUAGUUGUUGGUUCUGAUUCUGGAAGAAUUGUUAUAUUGGAAUAUCUGCCUUCAAAAAAUGUUUUGGAUAAAGUGCAUCAAGAAACUUUUGGAAAGAGUGGAUGCAGGCGAAUUGUUCCUGGACAAUAUUUGGCCAUUGAUCCUAAAGGAAGAGCUAUUAUGAUUGGUGCGGUAGAAAAGCAAAAAUUAGUAUACAUUCCCAACAGAGAUGCUGAAGCACGACUUACAAUUUCAUCUCCUUUGGAAGCUAAUAAAAGCAAUACACUUGUAUACCACAUGGUUGGAAUUGAUGUUGCUUUUGACAAUCCGAUUUUUGCCUGCCUUGAAAUUGACUAUGAGGAAGUUGAUGCAGAUCCAACUGGAGAAGCUGUUCAAACUACAAGACAGACUCUUACUUUUUAUGAAGUUGAUUUUGGUUUAAAUCACGUAGUUCGUAAAUAUAGUGAACCUUUAGAAGAACAUGCUAAUUCUCUUAUUACGGUUCCUGGCGAUAAAGAUGGACCUGGUGGUGUACUGAUCUGUUCAGAAAAUUAUAUUACUUAUAAAAAUCAAGGAGAACAACCAGACAUACGAUGUCCGAUACCACGUAGACGUAAUGAUUUAGAUGAUCCUGAAAGAGGAAUGAUCUUAGUUUGUAGUGCUACACACAAGACAAAAUCUAUGUUUUUCUUCUUGGUUCAGACAGAGCAAGGGGAUGUUUUCAAAGUGACAUUAGAAACAAAUGAAGAGUUUGUUACAGAAAUUAGAAUGAAGUAUUUUGAUACUGUUCCAGUAGCUUCUGCCAUGUGUGUUCUAAAAACUGGGUUUUUAUUUGUAGCAUCAGAGUUUGGUAACCACUACCUAUAUCAGAUUGCAAAUUUGGGUGAUGAUGAUGAUGAGCCCGAGUUUAGUUCAGCAAUGCCUCUUGAGGAAGGAGAUACAUUUUUUUUUGCUCCAAGACAAUUGAGAAAUUUAGUUUUAGUUGAUGAAAUGGAUUCAUUAUCACCUAUAAUGGCUUGUCAAGUUGCUGAUUUAGCUGCUGAAGAUACCCCACAAUUAUACAUGGCUUGUGGUCGUGGUUCAAGAUCCACCUUAAGAGUUUUAAGGCAUGGUCUUGAAGUUUCUGAAAUGGCAGUUUCUGAACUACCUGGGAGCCCAAAUGCAGUAUGGACAGUGAAAAGAAGAGCGGAUGAAAAUUUUGAUGCCUAUAUCAUUGUGUCUUUCUCAAAUGCCACUCUAGUAUUGUCUAUUGGAGAAACUGUGGAAGAAGUUUCCGAUUCAGGUUUCUUAGGAACUACACCAACACUAUCUUGUUCUCCAUUAGGUGAUGAUGCUGUUGUACAAAUUUAUCCUAAUGGUGUGCGCCACAUUCGUUCUGAUAAAAGAAUGCAUGACUGGAAAGCCCCUGAAAAAAAGAAGAUUGUUAAAUGUGCAGCCAAUCAACGACAAGUUGUUAUUGCCCUUGGUGGUGGUGAACUUGUCUAUUUUGAAAUGGAUCCGACUGGACAUUUAAAUGAACAUAAAGAUCGCAAAGAAAUGAAUUCUGAUGUUCUUUGUAUGGCACUAGCAAAUGCCCCUUCUGGAGAACAGAUGUCACGCUUUUUAGCUGUUGGUUUGACUGAUGAAACAGUCCGUAUCAUUUCUUUAGAUACUACAGAUUGUUUAGUACAAUUAAAAAUGCAAGCUAUACCAGCUAUGCCAGAAUCAUUAUGUAUUGUGGAAAUGGGUGCUAGUGAUGGUGGUUCUUCAGAUGAACCAGGAAUGAAUUCACUAUCAAUGUUGUAUUUGAACAUUGGUUUACAAAAUGGUGUAUUACUUCGUACAGUACUGGAUGGUGUUACUGGAGAAAUGGCUGAUACACGUGCGCGUUAUUUAGGAGGCAAACCUGUAAAACUUUUUAAAAUCAGAACCAGAGGAAAUGAAGCAGUACUUGCCAUGUCAAGUAGAUCAUGGCUUAGUUAUUACUACCAAAAUCGUUUUCACUUAACUCCAUUGUCAUAUGAAAGUUUGGAAUAUGCAUCUGGUUUCUCAUCUGAACAGUGUCCAGAAGGUAUAGUUGCUAUUUCUGGUAAUACAUUGCGUAUUUUGGCUCUUGAGAAAUUGGGUGCCGUAUUCAAUCAAGUUUCAUUCCCUGUUGAGUAUACACCCAGAAAAUUUGUUAUCCAUCCUGAUUCUGCUCAUUUAAUUGUGGUGGAAACUGAACACAAUGCAUACACUGAGCAAACUAAAAAACAAAGGCGAAUACAAAUGGCGGAAGAAAUGCAAGAAGCUGCUGGAGAGGAAGAACAAGAAUUAGCUAAGGAAAUGGCUGAAGCUUUUUUGAAUGAAGAUUUACCAGAAAAUAUUUUUGGUGCUCCCAAAGCUGGUCCUGGAAUGUGGGCAUCGUUAGUCAGAUUGUUUAAUCCAGUUCAAGGCAUUACAGAAGCUGUUUAUAGGUUCCCUCAAAAUGAAGCAGUUAUGAGUGUUGCUUUAGUACGUUUUUCGAGUUAUCCGGAUUCACAAUUUGUUUUAUUUGGUGUUGCAAAUGAACUUCAUUUGAACCCAAGACAUGUUACUUGUGGAUAUAUAUACACUUAUAAAGUUAAUCCUACAUGCACUUCUUUGGAAUUGGUUCAUAAGACUACGGUUGAUAAUGUACCAACUGCAAUCUGUGGAUUCCAGGGACGUGUGGUAAUUGGUAUUGGUCGAAUUUUAAGACUUUAUGACAUUGGAAAAAAAAAACUCUUACGAAAAUGUGAAAAUAAACAAAUACCAUUAUUAAUAAUUGGAAUUCGUGUUAUGGGAUGUAGAAUAUAUGUGAGUGAUGUUCAAGAAAGUGUUUAUAUGGUACGAUAUAAGCGUAAUGAAAAUCAACUAAUUAUUUUUGCUGAUGAUACCCAACCUAGAUAUAUUACUGCAAUGGAAAUACUUGAUUAUAAUACAGUUGCUACAGCUGACAAAUGUGGAAAUAUUUCAGUGGUUCGGUUAGCAUCAUCAAUAUCCGAUGAAGUUGAUGACGAUCCAACAGGUAAUAAAAGUCUAUGGGAUCGUGGUUUACUUAAUGGAGCUUCUCAAAAAGCUGAUUUUAUUGUGAAUUUCCACAUUGGAGAAAUUUGUACUUCAAUACAAAAAGCUACAUUGAUACCUGGUGGUUCUGAAUCUCUCGUUUAUGCCACUGUGACUGGUACUAUUGGUGUUCUCGUACCAUUUACUGCACAUGAAGAACAAGACUUUUUUCAGCAUCUCGAAAUGCAUAUGAGAUCUGAGAAUCCACCACUUUGUGGAAGAGAUCAUUUAUCAUAUCGAUCUUAUUACUUCCCUGUAAAAAAUGUUUGUGAUGGAGAUCUGUGUGAACAAUAUAAUUCUAUCGAUAUUGCCAAACAGAAAAGCAUUGCAGCAGAUCUCGACAAAACUCCUGCGGAAGUAUCUAAAAGACUUGAAGACAUUAGGACAAGAUACGCAUUUUAAAUUAUUACCUACUCUAGUUUAUUUGUAUUAUAUUAAAAAAAAACAAUUGUACAUGUAAUAAAUUAUAUUUUUAUCUAAAAAGUUAUUCAGGUCAAGUUAAUAAAAUGUUUAACUUUGUACAAAGAAGUUCCUGGUCUAAGCACUGUGUCAUGUUGAAUAUUUUUUAUGUGUAAUAGUGUAUUAUAGUAUAAUAUCUAUUCAUAAGGCCAUGAUUUGUUUUAGCAUCAUGUAUUAAUAAGUUCACCAAAUAGUUAACAUAUUUUUGACCAAAUAA